CUGCACCAACACACACAGAUCACUUCCUGCUCUCAUAACGGCGACGAGGAACUAAACAUAAACAUGACGAAACCUACAGGAUGAUGAAGACACAGACAUCAGGAGUCAGAGAAGAUGAUCAGAUGAAAACUGAAGAAAGAACAUAAUAUCAACAUGUCAACCACCGACACCACAGCGGUCCAGAAUCCUCCUCGCAGGAGAAGACGGAGCAAAGAAGAAAAUCCUCCUCAGAUGAGGAUUGUUCUUCUGGGUUGGAGCGUGUCUGAAAACAGUGAUGUGGGAAACUUCAUAUUAGGACGAGCAGCGUUUGACAGUGAAGCUCCUCCAGAUGUUGUAGAGAGAGUCUCAGGAAGACUGAAGGACAGACACGUGAUCAUCAUCAACAGUCCUCAGCUGCUCCAGACCAACAUCUCAGAUCAUCAGAUCACACAGACAGUGAGAGAGUGUGUCCAUCUGUCUGAUCCAGGACCUCAUGUGAUCGUUCUGCUCCUCAAACAUGAGCCGUGUUCAGCAGAAGAUCAAGAGCGUGUGGAGAAGGUGCUGCUCUCUUUCUCUGAGCGCGUUUAUCAACACACCAUGGUGCUCAGCACACGAGAGCCCACUGAAACCAAUGACAUCCUGCAGAAAAUCAUUCAGAAAUGUGCAAACAGACACUUCAGUCUUCAGACGAGCAGCUCUCCUCAUGAUCUUCUGCAGAUGUUUGAGGACAUUGAGAAGAUGAAUGAUGGACGACACCUGGAUUGUGCUGAAGACUCACAGUAUUUCACAGUGGAGAAACCGGACACAGAAAAGCUUUCAGAAGGUGUGAAGCUGAAUCUGGUUGUGUGUGGGAGUGACGACACAUUAAAAUCCUCCAUAUCAGAGCUGAUCCUGCAGCAGACAGACAGAAGAUCAGACGUGGAUCUUCAUGGUCGUCUGAUCAAUCUGGUGGAGCUUCCAGCUCUGAUUCGUCUCUCAGAGGAGGAAGUGAUGCGUCAGACUCUCCACUGUGUGUCUCUCUGUCAUCCUGGAGUUCAUGUUUUCCUCCUUGUUAUUCCUGACGCUCCAAUCAAUAAUGAAGACAAAGCAGAAAUGGAGGAGAUCCAGAGGAUCUUCAGCUCAAGAAUCAACAAACACAUCAUGAUCCUCAUAAAGCAGAAUUCAGAGCGUCAGACAGCAGAACUCAAUGAAGAAACACAGUCUGUCAUUCAGAGUUUUGAAAGAAGACAUCAUUUCUUUGGUCCCAAAACACAAGUGUCUACAUUGAUGGAGAACAUCGAGCAGAUGCUGGAAGAAAACAGAGGAGAGUUUUUCUCUACUGAGAUGUUUAUUGAAGCACAGACAGAAAAACUGAUAAAAUAUGAAGAGAUGAAGAAAAUUUAUUCACUGAAGACACAUUUACUUUCACAAGGUUCAUCAGAGAGUGAAGAUGAACUGAGGAUUGUUCUGCUGGGAAAAACUGGAGUCGGGAAAAGCGCAACGGGAAACACAAUAUUAGGAAGAGACGCGUUUACAGCAGAAGAAUCUUUUGAAUCAGUGACUAAAGAGAGUCAGAGACAAACAUCUGAAAUCAACGGCCGACGCGUUACUGUGAUCGACACUCCAGGACUGUUUGAUACUGAACUCACGAAUGAGGAGAUCCAGAGAGAAAUCAGACACUGCAUCUCCAUGAUCCUGCCUGGACCACAUGUGUUCAUCAUUGUGCUCAAUUUAGGACAACGAUUCACUCAAGAAGAAGAGACUUCAGUGAAGAUCAUCCAGGAGACGUUUGGAGAGAAAUCAUUAAUGUUCACUAUGGUGCUCUUCACCAGAGGAGAUGAGCUGAAGAAGAAAACCAUUGAUCAGUGUUUAGAAAAACCUGGAUCUGUGAUCAGAAACCUGAUUGAAACAUGUGGAAACAGAUUCCAUGUGUUCAAUAAUAAUCAGACUGGAGACCAAACACAGGUGACUGAUCUACUGGAGAAGAUCGACAACAUGGUGAAAGCAAACGGAGGGAGUUUCUACUCAUGUAAGAUGUUCAGACAGAUGGAAAGAGAAAAACAAGAACAACAGAUGAAGAUCCUGACUGACAGAGUCAGAGAAAGAGAAGAAGAGAUGAAGAAACUAGAAGAAGAGAAAGAGAGAAUGAAGAUGAUGAUGGAGGAAGAACGACAGAAUCAGGACAAAGAGAGAAAGAGAAGAGAAGAAGAGUUUAAAAAGAGAAAAGAUGAGAUGAAGAGAGAACGAGAGGAGUGGGAGAAACAGAAACGAAAGCACAGUCCAACAAACUGUCUUGAAGCUCAGACAAGAACAGAACAAUUGCAAAAGGGGGUUAGUAAUCUGCAUCACAGAGGAUCUCAGCUCUCCACAUUUGAGCCAUCAAAUAGUGCAGGAGCACGACUGCAGAACAAUAGCAACAUUAAUAUCGUUCUUCUGGGGAAAACCAGAGUUGGGAAAAGUUCAUCUGGAAACACCAUCCUGGGAGAAAACAGAUUCAGAUGUGGAAGAAGUCCGUUUUCUCCUACACUUAUAUCUAGUGUUGAGAGAUCAGUGAUUGAUGGCAGAUCUGUGUCUGUUAUUGACACUCCUGGGUUUUUUACUACUGCACUUUCCCAAGAACAGCUGUCAAGGGAGUUUGCGAGGACUGUGGAUCUGUCUGCUCCAGGAGUUCAUGCAUUUUUAUUCGUUGUGCCAUUUGGCACAUUCACAGAGCAGGAGGAAGAGAUACUGGCACGAGUGCAAAAGAGUUUUGGUAAAGAUGUGCUGAAACAUCUCAUAAUCCUCUUCACAUAUGGGGAUGAGCUAAACACAGCAGAGUCAUGGUUUGAUGGGAAUGAAGUUGUCAGAAGAGCCAUUCAGCACUGUCAGGGUUAUCAUAUCCUCAAUAACAGAGAUCUGACUGACAGACAACAGGUUAAUGAUCUAUUGCAGAAGAUUGACAAAAUGAUAGACAGGAAUAACGGCUACUACACUAAGGAGAUGUAUGAAUGGGCACAAAAGUCCACAUGGGGAAAAAUCUGGAAAUAUUUACAUGACUGAAAUGAUGCUGAAUUUGCCUUGUUGAGAUUCAAAGACACUUUUUCCAACACAAGAAGAAGACAGUUCUCUCUGUAAUGAAUUUGAAACCCGAAAUGUUAACUUCAUGCUUUAUGCAGACUAAAAUCAAUAAUUUAAAUCAAUAAAAACUGUUUUGUUGUAGAGCCCUGCUAAAAAAGGGUCUAUUAAAUUAAGUGUUUUGUUUUAGUUUGUUAUUGUUUAACCUCAAAUUCAUAUUUGAGGUUUUAUGAAAAAAGGGUUAAAAUUGAUGUAGUCUUUAUUAUUUGAGUUUGUGUUAUUAAGGAAAAAGAGAAAUACAGAUUAACCAAUGAGGUGUCUAGAAAAUGACCCCUAGAGGUGAAGGGGCUGGUGAGGAAAGAAAAGAAUGGACGUGAUGCAAUCGGGGAAGAAAGCGGGUACCCCUGUUUUCUUUUCAUAUAAGUGUUUAAACUAUCCAUGUUUUAUUGUCUGAAAUUAAAGACAGAAAGCUUGUUUAUUUCUGCAUCUUUGAACUGAUGAUCAUUUUCGUAGUGUUAAACGUUCAGUGAAAGUGAGUAAGCGGCGUGACUGAAUGCACGAAAACGGGGUGAUGGAUUGGGAGAGAAAGCGAGGCUGCUGAUCGGGCCGAGUUUGCGUCACGAGCAGAGGAUUUGCGAGGACGAGUUCAUCCUAUAGAUCAGUGGUUCUUUCCUUCUUCUUCGUGAGUGCUGUUCCGCGAGUGGAUGUCACUGGCGAUCGGAUUCGCUAAUCUUUUUUAUUGUGUUUCUGAAUUGGUACUGUGUAUUUGAACUUUGCUAUUUCCCUGGAUUUCGUGAGUACUCAGAAUUGUUGCACAUUCACAUGAGAUCCAACAUUGCGCACCAACGAAAGACUUAAAUCCCAGCUGGGUAAAACCUUUAUUUUGGGGUGUUUUGAUUGCACUAUUCUGUUGUGAAUCUUUGUUUACUACAGUUAUCCUUGUGAACUCAGUUUGAUUGUGUUCCUAAAUGGUUAAUUGGUCAUAUGCCCUAAAGUGAUUUAAUUUUAGAGAGACAAAGAA